GUGAAGUUGUCGCUCUAAACUAAAGUGAAUGUAUUAAAAUGUUACUCUGUGCAUACUCAUAGUGGGUGGUGUCGUUGUGAUAUCUCUUAUCAAUCAGAUAAUGCUUAACUGACUGGGAAAACAGAAAACUAAUAAGGCCAGGAUGGAGCUCCCAGUUCUAGACAAGUUCUGCUUCGUGUUCGACCUGAAGACAGGAUGCAUGGUCAUGGGGUUAGCCAAUACUAUCAUAACCUUUGUCCUGACGCUGCUCCUCAUCACGUUUGCGGUGAACAUCAAGGACAUAUCGGAGGCGCAGAUGAAGAGGGACGAUGUAGAGUAUGCCAUGUCUUCCGUGGUGUACACCAUCGUGGUCCUCCUCAUCGUCCUGCUCGUGGUCAAGUUCCUUUUGGACGUGGUCUUCGUGUACGCGGUUUAUAAGGAAAAAUGCAGCCUCCUGAAGAAGUACUGCAUCUUCUGGAUAAUAUUCCUGGUCCUAUACAUCAUUGGUUUCUUGAAGACCCUGUUCCACAUGGACGCUGGCCACGUUAUCUCGCAGAUAAUCUUUAUAGCUGAAAACUUCUACUUCAUCGUGGUGACAAGGAGCUAUUUGAUAUCAAUAAACGAAGACGGUGUCCUGUAAAUAGUUCCUUUUAUUAUUAACAAUUUUCAAACACAUACGUCUCUGUCCUACAAAAACAAAAAAAAACAA